AUGUCCGAUUUGUACACCUGGAAGCAAACACUAAAUGAAGUACAAAUAUCCUUUAAACUUGACAAAAAUUCUGAAAAAACAUCAAUUGCAUACGAAAUUAAAGAUAGAAAAAUAACCAUAAAUUAUAAUGGAAAAGAAAUUUUGAGUGGCGUGCUUCUUAAGCGAAUUGAUGUAGGAUCUGAAUUUUGGGUAAAAGAGGAUGAUAAUAUUGAAUUUUUCCUUACAAAGCAGCGCAACGACUGGUGGGAUUCUUUAUUAGAAGGAUCUGAAAAAGUAGAUACAACUAAAUUGGCGGAAGAGUCUAACCUUGAUUUUAGUAUGUUAGACCCUGAAGCCAGGGAGGCUAUAGAAAAAAUGGCGUACGAGUCAUCUGAAAAAACUACUAAUUUUAAUAAUUAA